AUGAAUUGGUCAAGCUUUAAGCAAUAUUUAGAAGAAAAUAUUUUAAACGAAAUUACGGAAUCACAAAGUUAUAUUAAAAAUUAUUUUCUAAAAGAUAAAAUUAAGAAUAAAUAUUCCCUUGGUGAUGAAAGUGAUAAAAAAUUGCUAAACGCACUUACUAAUUUAAUUGAUAGCAUUGAUAAUAGUGAAGAUCAUCAUCCACUACCAAAAUUUUCUACUGAAAGAGUUGGUUUAGAUGGCACCAACAAAGAGGUAAUUGAUGCUAGCACUUUUAAAAUCUUAGAAUCAAUUUACAAUGACUUUAUUCGUCCAAAUAAACUAGCUGAAAGUCUUGAUGAAGAGCAGAUAAUCAAAUUUAUUGCUGCGGAUUAUGCUAAAUUAAGCGAAGAAGACAAAAUCGAAUUGCAAAAACAACAAAGUUUAGCUAGUCAGUUUUUAGGUUUAAUUAAAGAAGAAGAACAACGUCGCCAACAGAAAAGUUCAACUUUUAUUGAUUUUUUACGCCAAAACAAUGUAACCGUAGAAUUUCAUAUUCUCGAUCCAUUAGGUUUUUUUACUCUUGUAGACGAACUUGGUAAAGAAUUUAGAAAAUUUGAAAAAGAUGGUCGAAAAAUAACCGAAAUUCAAGAAAGUUUAAACGGCCAAUUAACAAGUUUAAGAACAGAAAAAGAAAGAGAAAUAACAGAACUUAAAAAUAAAGGUUCUGCUGAUCAAACUAGAAUUAGUCAGUUAGAAAAAGAAAUAAAGGAUUUAGAAGAAACUCAAACUAAUUUAUCAAGAAUUAACGACCAAUCAAGGAAACAGAUUAGCGAUUUACAAACUGAACUUAAUGAGAUUAAAUCUCAAAAGACUGAGCUAGAAAAUAAACUUCAAGAUCACGAAACUAACCUAAUUAAUACUAAGAGAUUAUUGGAUCAAAAAAAUAGCGAAUUAAACCGAGAAAUUUCAGAAGUAGAAAAACAAAAAAAACUACUUAGCGAAAAAGAACAGGAAUUAAUCGAUCAAAAGGAAAUUUCUCAACAAAACAGUGAAGAAAUAAAGCAAAAAGAGAGUGAGAUAAACGAUUUAAAAAAUGUUUUAUCAACCAAGGACAGAGAGUUAAACACUAAGAAUGAUGAAUUAAGUUAUUCAAGCCAAAUUCUAGUUGAUUUAAACGAAGAAAAAGAGCAACUAGAUCAGGAAUUAAGAAUCACUCAGAAAAAAAUUAAACAAUUAGAACAGAAAAUUAGUGACCUAAAAUGCAGUUCAGAUCAAGAGACAAAAAAUUUGAAGUCUCAAAUUAAUCAACUAAACAAAGCACAGAAAGACUUACAAAUUAGAUUGGAUAAUGAAAUUCAAAAAAAUAAGGAUCUUCAAAGUAAAGCAGGUCUUUAUUACUUAUCCAACCAAACCUCAAUUUCUAAUCCGGAGGAAAUUCCUGAUAAACAACCACUUCCCCAACUUACUCCCCAAGAGCAGAUAAUUAUUAAACUUUCAAAUAUUCAUGACUCGCUUGAUUUUAAACGAGAAUUUAAUUCUCUAAUCGAGAAAUGGAAACAAGAACAACCCGUUCCCGAAUCAACACUCUCGGAAAUCAAAAAACAAAUUCUAACUCAGUUGGAUAUUUGA